CCCCGGCGUCGGUCCCUGCCUUUCCCUCCAUCCUCCAUUCCCUCCCACUCCUUGCUAGGGUUUCUCUCCUCGGCCUCCUCCUCCCCAAUUCCGCGCGAUCCCCGCCGCGAUGGUCCCCGGCGCCCGGCCUUCUGGCGGCGGUGCCCACUCCGUCACCACCACCAGCGGCGGCGGCGCCCACUCCGUCACCACCACCAGCGGCGGCUGCUCCCCAUCCGACAGGGUCGCCCCUGCUCCCUCGGCCUCAGUCUCCACGCCGGCCAGCGGGAGCACCGUCGCCCGCCGCCUCAACGGCCUCGGCCUCCAGGGCGACGACGCGCCCUCGUCGCAGCCCGCCGCGAGCAAGAAGAAAAAGAGAGGUGCACGUGCAGUUGGUCCUGACAAAAAUGGCCGUGGAUUGCGCCAAUUCAGCAUGAGAGUCUGUGAGAAAGUUGAAAGCAAAGGGAGAACAACCUACAACGAGGUGGCAGAUGAACUGGUUUCUGAAUUUAUAGACCCCAAUAAUAAUCUCGAAUCUCCGGAUCCUGAUAAUCCCUCCGCGCAACAAUAUGAUGAGAAAAAUAUUCGAAGAAGAGUUUAUGAUGCGCUGAAUGUCCUAAUGGCUAUGGAAAUUAUAUCUAAAGAUAAAAAGGAAAUACAGUGGAAAGGCUUGCCUCAGACGAGUAUGAAUGAUGUUGAAGAAUUGAAGAAAGAGAUCAUUGGAAUGAAAGGUCGGAUUGACAAGAAAAGUGCAUAUUUGCAGGAUUUACAAGAUCAAUAUGUAAGUCUCCAAAACCUGGUACAAAGAAAUGAGCAGCUAUAUGGGUCAGGAGAUGCACCUUCUGGUGGAGUGGCCUUGCCAUUUAUACUAGUUCAGACACGCCCUCAUGCAACUGUAGAAGUGGAGAUAUCAGAAGAUAUGCAGUUGGUGCAUUUUGACUUCAAUAGCACUCCAUUUGAGUUGCAGGAUGAUUCCUUUGUAUUGAAAGCAAUGGGGUUAUCUGGUAAAGAAGAAAUUGAUGGCACCCAAGCUCCAGUUGCAAAUGGCGGUGAGUGCUCAAGUACACCAAAUGAUUAUUGGCAUCAAUCACCGCAACCUGCGAGGCCAAGAGGAAUUAGGCUACCAAACUCACCUCCUAUUCCAGGGAUACUUAAAGGGCGCGUAAAGCAUGAACACUAGACUUUAAAUCUUUAAUAUGCAUACUGGUGUUGCAUGAGCUUUCUGGUAGUUUUACAUGUAAAAAGUGCUUGUAAAUUAUGUCAGUGGGAGAAAUGGUAGUCUAAUUUAACUUGGUGAUGGGUGUCGUGAUGUAGCUGCAGACGUCUGGCUCACUUAGCUUCUAGGUUCCGGUUAUCUGGUUGAGGACACGAAUCUUUGUACAAUGUAAGUGUGUAGUUUUAUCUUCUCGAAAUGGUCAACAUCUUCUUUAA